GGAAGAAUGUUCAGCGAGCAAGACAGGCCCUUCCUGGGCAGUCACCUUCAACCUGGUCAGUCGGUUCGGCUAUUUAUUUUCGCCUGUCCCUCCAGGCGCCAGCCUUGGGCGCAAGCUUGUCUCCAUUUUUGAGCAGGUUUUGCACAGCUUUCGGCCAACAUGAUGGAGGCCACAGCGACAUCUUCGUUGACGGGGGUGCACUCUCUCGCCGCUGCCGCUGUCAGUUGCUCUCGGCCGAGCACCUCGUACAGCCAUCUUGCUCCAUUGCCAACUCCUAGCCAACCCUUCCAUUCCUUCCUCCCUGCGACAUUCCGUCACCCCUCCUUCUCUGGACUUCCACACCCUAGGCAGCAACGGUCCUUCCGUUGUGCAGCAAACGCGGAGUCAGACGAGCCUCGGUAUCCAAACAUCCCCCGGUUGCGUGACUGGGCAGAGGGGGAUGGAACUCGGCGGCUGGCGGCCUGGGAGGAGGCGGAGGUGCCCAUUCCCGGGCACUACCAGGCGGAGGUGGCAGAGAGGGACACCGUGCUGGACAAUGCACGCCAGUUCAAAACGCUGCAGGACCAGGCGACUAUGGACGGAAAUAAUUACACGGUGAUCCGGCACCUCGGGCAGCGCGCGGACCGGGACCAAUACAACUACCUUCCAGAGCGCCUGCGCUAUGGACCACAGCCAUACAUGGCUGCGACGGACGAGUACGAGGAGCUGAUGGCCAACAAGCUGGUGGAAGUGGAGCCCGUGUUCAAGGAGGAGGCCAUGUACCGGACAGCCGUGGCGCGCUGGCUGGGGCAGCCGUCCGGUCGGGAGAAGAGACUGCGGAGAUACCGGGCUCGAAGGGCCCAGGUCGAGGCGGGUCAGAAAGGGAGUGUGUAAAGAUCGCAUGGACGAUGUCGUCAAGCUCAAACUAGCUGCCGCUAGGCUCACAUUGUAUGACAGCUCAAUCGACAGAAGUCAAGUCGGAGCCUUUUCAAACGAUAGAGGCUGCCAUGCAGUGCAGCCUGUUGAACCAGGCGAUUAGAAAAGCAUCAACUUGAAUGCAGUGCAGGCUGCCUGUUCAAUAAAAGUGCAUCACUUGCUUCAGUGGUUUGUCCGGUAUGUGCAAGGGGUGACGGUUGGUAUGGAUGUGAGAAGCGUAUAUGAGC